GGGCCGCGACGGUCGGGCCGAGGACUACGGGGGCCGAGAGGUGGCGCGUCCGCGACGGAAGUCGGUGCCCGUGACGCGGCGCGCCCCAAGGGCCGGCUCCGUUGCGGGAAGGGAAGCCCGCCCGGUGGCGGCUGGGCUCGGCUGCUGGGAGGAGGUGGUGGGCUGGUUCGGACGUGGGUCGAGGCUGUAGCAGGACUCCAGGGUUGGGAAGAACAUGGAAAGUGACCUCCCUGCCAAAUAACUCAGAAGAGGAGUGUCGGUAGCCAAAAGUUUCUUCAGAAUACGUGUAAAAGAAAUGUUUUUCUUCCAUCUAGGAAGAUGUUACCGAGUACUUCAGUGAAUUCCUUAGUGCAGGGGAACGGAGUCUUGAAUUCCAGGGAUGCGGCAAGACACACAGCCGGAGCGAAACGCUACAAAUACCUGAGAAGGCUUUUCCGCUUUCGGCAAAUGGACUUUGAAUUUGCUGCCUGGCAGAUGCUGUACCUGUUUACAUCCCCACAGAGAGUUUACAGAAAUUUUCAUUAUCGAAAACAGACGAAGGACCAGUGGGCCAGAGAUGACCCUGCUUUCUUGGUCCUGUUAAGUAUCUGGCUCUGUGUGUCCACUAUAGGAUUUGGCUUUGUGCUGGACAUGGGAUUCUUUGAGACAAUAAAGCUUCUCCUUUGGGUUGUACUCAUAGAUUGUGUAGGCGUUGGUCUUCUGAUAGCAACUUUAAUGUGGUUCAUCUCUAACAAGUAUUUAGUGAAACGACAGAGCAGAGACUAUGAUGUGGAAUGGGGCUAUGCUUUUGAUGUGCAUCUCAAUGCUUUUUAUCCACUCCUGGUCAUUUUGCAUUUUAUCCAGCUUUUUUUCAUCAACCAUGUUAUCCUGACAGACACAUUUAUUGGAUAUUUAGUUGGAAAUACCUUAUGGUUGGUUGCAGUUGGCUAUUAUAUCUAUGUAACUUUCCUGGGAUACAGUGCAUUGCCAUUUUUGAAAAAUACAGUAAUUCUUCUGUAUCCAUUUGCACCUCUGAUUCUGCUCUACGGGCUGUCCCUGGCACUGGGAUGGAACUUCACCCAUACUCUCUGUUCUUUCUAUAAGUACAGAGUGAAAUAAAAAGUGAGAAGAUUCAAUCGUAACUGUGUCAACAGUAUUGUGAUCAUUUCUUGUAAAACUUGUAAAUAAACUAUCAUAAUCUUUGUAGAUAUCUUAAAGGUGUAAAGUUUGCAAAUUUGAAGAAAUAUAUAUUAACACUGUGGUCAGGUACAUUCCUUAAAACUAAUUAAAUGUACAUUUCUAUAAUAAAUAUUUUUUAAACUAAA